AUGCUCGGGUUUCCCGCGUCUUCCGGCGGCUACGAAGCGUUCGGCUCGUUCCACACGCCGUCCACCGCCUCCCUAUUCGCUGAAAACGACGCAGGUUCAGGUUCCGAAAUGGUAUGGGAAUCAGCCAUUGCGUCGCAGCGUCUGCAGCUCCAGACCAAUUCCGUAGCGAUUGCAUCAAACCGCUCACACUUCGCACUGGACCUGCAGACGUGGACAUACCUUAACCACGGAGCGUUCGGGGCCCCCACCAAAGUGGCAAUCGAGGCUGCAGCUCAUUGGAGGGCGAAAGCGGACGCUCAGCCACUGAAUUUCAACGAUCGGGAGCUGUUCCCGUUGGUUGUGAAAGCGAUUAAGUCCCUCGCAGGCUUCAUUGGUGUCUCCAAGCCUGAGGAGCUGGUACUGUUACCCAACGCAACCGCUGGGCUGCAUUCUGUGCUGGCAUCGGUGUUAAAGGGGGAGGAGGAGAAGACGGUGGUGCUUUUUACCACAAGAUACGGCGCUGUGAGGAAGAUACUGCAAGCGAUUGAAGGCGGGAAUGGAGCCGUGCAUGUGCAUGAAGAACCGCUGAGUUUAGAAGAAUCUUGCGACGAUCAGAAAGUGAUGCAGAGGUUGGAGAAGGCGCUGGAUGCUGUACAAGCUACAGGAUGUGAGGUGACACUUGUGGUGGUCGACCACAUCACGUCCAACACGGCAGUGACGAUGCCUGUGAAGGGGAUAGUGCAGCGCUGUCACGCCCAAGGCAACGGCAUCCCCGUGUUGGUGGAUGGAGCACAUGGACUACUGAAUCUGUCUCUUGAUCUGGACGAUAUUGGGGCGGACUAUUACGUCGGCAACUGUCACAAGUGGUUCGGCUCAACACGCGGCGCUGCUUUUCUGCAUGUUGCCAGGCAGAAGGGGCCCACAAUUGAGCCUCGUGUGAUCUCGCAUGGAUUCUUUGACGGUAUGCAGAGUGCCUUCAUGUGGACAGGCUUACAAGACUACAGUGCGUGGCUCGCGCUGCCUCAAUGUAUCGCUUUCUGGCGUCGUCAAGGUGUCACUGCAACGCGCGAAUACAUGCACUCGCUAGCUCAAGAGGCUGCGGAGUUGCUGUACUCUCGCUGGGAAAUGCCUGACCAUCUGGCAAGAGAACGCCAAGUUCCGCAGCACAAACGUCAUGCCAUGCGUAUCGUACAACUCCCGACUUCGCGAAAACUUUGUGGUGGUGUAAUAGUGGAUGGAAAAGACCCCAAAGCCAAUUCAACGGAUGCCAAACGCGUCCAGGACGGUCUCCACUCUAUCCACAACAUCGAAGUGCCUGUCAAAUGUGUCGAUAAUCGACUAUACGUUCGUCUGUCCGCCCACGUUUACAAUUGCCUCAAGGACUUUGAAAAACUCGCAGUCGCCGCUUUGGACCAGAAAUCUCAAUAA